UUUGCAGGCGAUUCUCCUCGUUCAGUGAAUUCAUUCAACUACUUUUGGAUUUUAAUGUCUCAUCUGAGACUGAUGGGGGCCGUUGUGUAGUCUAAGGGCAGUUAAAGGUUUUCAGUUCCCAGUACUUGACAGUUGUGGAUGCCGUUUUUUAUCCACGUAGGCUACGUAACCUCGAAGCGAGCUAGCUGCAUGUUAGUAAACGAUGCGUCUUUGCAUAGCACGUUUCAUUCAUUUUGGCUAACACUAGCUUUGGCGGUUCACGCUCACCUGACCAGGGUUUGGUCGACUUUAUAACACUAGGUACUUUUUGCUAAUGAAGUUGCGUGACAUAGUUCAGCUACAGUGUGGCUUCGAGUUUCUGUUGAACUGAGAAAUAACAGUUGCGUGUGUCGACCACUUAGCUGCUUUAACGACAGCUACUCCGCAAAGUGAAUUAGGUUAGCAAAGGUAACGUUAACUUUUACCAACUAUCAUGGAUUAUGAACAUAAAGCGAAGGCAGUGGCUGACUGCUUGCUGAGCUACAAGAGGGAUGAGUCCGGAUGGAAAGUCUGCAAGAAAUCGAACGACGUGGUUGUGUCUUGGCGUCCCUCGUCAGAGUUCCCGGGGAAUGUUUACAGGGGCGAGGGAAUCGUCAGCGGCAGCCUGGAGAAAGUGUGGGAGUGCCUGAAACCAGUACCCAAUGGGCACAGAGUCAAAUGGGACAACAAUGUGAAAAAGUUUGAGCUGUUAGAACAAAUCACAGAGGACAUCUCUAUCUGCCGAACAGUCACGCCCUCAGCAGCUAUGGGUAUCAUAGCUCCACGAGACUUUGUAGAUGUUAUUUUAGUUAAGCAAUACGAAGAUGGCACCAUUUCAUCAAAUGCCACCAAUGUGAGUCACCCGGGCUGUCCUCCCCAGUCUGGCUACGUAAGAGGAUUCAACCAUCCAUGUGGCUGCAUCUGUGUCCCCAUUUCGGGAGAGCCCAACAAAACCCAGGUGUUCAGCUUCUUCCAGACGGACCUGGGUGGCUUCCUCCCCCGUUCUGUGGUCGACUCGUUCUUCCCAUCCAGCAUGGCCGAGUUCUACAGCAACCUGGCCAAGGCUGUCAAAUCCCUCAAGGACCUUUGACACUAAGAGUUAAGAAAUCCACCUACAAAUAUGGUGUUUAAUUAGUCUCCAAACUUGUUCAACUUGACGAGCGAGCUGGUGUUGGGCUUUUGCGUGGGGAGGGCUGAGUGAGUAGAAACGCUCCCCAGUCUCGUGGAUGAUGUUCUGUGAUACACGGAGCUCUUACGUGCGCAAGUUUUGAGACGAAUUAAACGCCACAUUUAAACCUUGGGCCUCCUGACUGGUCAGGCCAAAAGUCCAUUCCACUUUCCACAGUCCAAAGUCAACAGCAGUCAGCACACUGAGAUUAUCAACAACCGUUUAAUCCAGAUAGAUCUAAUCCACACUUCAUGUGUAAUGUACCUUCCUUAUACUCCUGUGUUACUGCAGGAAGAAUCCAGUAAAUCCUCAACACUGAAAAAAUACAGAGGGCUUCCAUUUAACAAAACCAGUCCGUCUACAUCCCUCUCUGUCGGAGGGAUUUAUUUGCCCUAAUCUAAAUGAUUCCAGUAGAUGUCAAAUCUAUAUUUGUACAUGUGCUAAAGGUGCAGAAUAUCUUUCCUUUCUACCAGAAUGACGUGACACCAGACAUUCCUCUUCUACUCAUUGCACACUCGAGUGUGUGCGGUAAACAUGCAUGUUGCAUGGACCUUAUUUACCCUAUGCUGGUAUCAGAUUAUUGGUUUGGAGUUGUCCCUCAUACCUCAUAUAGAUGUUUGUGUACUUGAAGUGUCACAGUUUUGCUCAUCUCCACUCACCUGUAAACCGUGAAUAUAUCAGCUCCACCGAAACACUAAAGCACAGGUGACACGGCCUUUUUAAACAAAGGCAGCUGUUUAGAGGUCAAAUAUUCAAAGCUGCUCCAUUUAGCAGAAAAGUUUCUUCCCCUUUCUUCAUGCCAUUGGUUGCUGAAAAGUAAAUUUCCCUCUCUUUUUCACCAUGAACAGUCCUCAUGCAGGUUUAAGAUUAGAACCAAGUCAGCUGCUGUGACUCAUGUUCAUAAGGUGUGUUUCCAUUAAACACACAGUAUGUAACUUCUGCUGGUAGGAGUCUUUCUAUCAAAACAGUGUGAGUGGUUCAGGAAAUCAAACAGACCUGGUGAUUCUAACUGUUAAAAACACUGAAUGAAGCAGUUUGACAUU